AUUGAAAGAUAAUUAAACAGGGGAUACACUAAUAUCAGGAAAUCGUCUAGGCAAUAAAAAGUAUUUUCGACUUGGUAAAACUCCAUUACUAGUGAAUGAAGUUAAAGGAAAAAUAAACCACUUGCAUUUAUAAUACAGUUGAAAUGAGCGCAUUUAGAAUGACAGUUUGAAAAGAAAUGACAAAAUAUUUAAGAAGAGGAACCAAAACAAGUGGAAAAUAACGGUUUUGAAUAGUUGUAACGUGUCAUUCAGUGAAUAAAAUUGAAAAUCCAAGAUCAGGGUUAUUGUAAAUUCCAAUAAAUACAUUAAACCGGGCUAUCAAGAGCAGCAAACAAAUUUUGCAAAGUAUUUUAUGAAAUAAAAGAAAGAUGAGUCAUACUGCAGUGAAUGGCUAUGAAUUUUAUACGGGAUAAACAAAGCCUAAACAACUGACAUCAUCUUAUCAUUCAAAUCCUGUUAUGUAAUAACCGUUUUCUUACACCCAUUAUGUUUCACUUAAAGCAUAAAUCAUGUAACAUCUCAAGCGAAAUGUUAACUUUGUUGGCCCUGUAUUGUUCAGCUAAACAUUAGAAAAACGCAGUUUUAAAAAAUAAGUUUUCUAAACAACAUUGACAUUGACUAAGCAACAUAGAUUGUCUACAGUUACAUAUAAUUCAUACCUGGAUACGGAAAUUUACAUUUUUGUACAGAUUUUGUAUUUUAAACCGGUUAGAAAUUGCAAAUACCAGUUAGCGAUGUCAUCGUUUCACCUGUAAUGCCUAAGUCUCAUUUAAGCACGGGGUGUUAUUUUUAAUUAACAUUUGGUUAAAAAAGAUCUAUCAUUAUAAAUCAAUAGAGAUCAGAGUUUUUUUUAAAAAAUCAUACAUAAUUCGUGCCAAUUCCAAAGCACAAUAAAUAAAUAUUUGGAUACUGUAGACUCCAUUUCCGAUGUGAGGCUUUGCAGUUACGAAAAUGAAAAACAAUGCCAUAUGUGGCAGUAGGUAUUUGGAAAAUUGCCAAUAUUAGUACGAUCUUUAAAGCAAAGGUAUGGGGUAUCUCAUAAAAAAUGAAGUGCAUUGCAAGGAUUCGCAGAAAAUAAAUUAAUAUUUCAGGUCUGCUGAAACCUCGUACAGAUAAUGACAGACUUGCUCAGUAUUCCCAGCAUUUUCUUUUAAUUUCAGAUUUAUACUGUCUUGUUUUUUGAGUGCUUCGUUUGCGCUAAGGAGCGGUAGACAUAACUCCUUGCAUUACUUGAAUGGCCGUGACAGUUGGAUGGGCAACAGGGCAGAAGGGGUGCGUUACUCAGAAUGGAAAGAGGCGAUAGCGCGCCACGCCAAUUGAUCAGUUUGCUCAGUCGAGCCCCGCCUACUGCCUGACUUCUCAGGCUCCGGCGAUUCUCGCGCUGUUGUUCUGUUUAUAAAGUUCCAGGAGAGUCAGCGGAGGGAGCACGAGGACAGGAGAGCGCGAGGAGGCGCGGGGACAGUGACCGCUCGCCCAUGGCUCUGCCGGACAACGCCAGUACUAUCAUGGGCAGCGAAGAGCCACCUUUCCCUGAGAUCGUAGAGCUGAAUGUCGGCGGCCAGGUAUACAUCACCCGCUACUCCACCUUGGUCAGUGUGCCCGACUCCCUCCUUUCGCAGAUGUUCAGGCCGAAAAGCGGGUUGGGGCUGGCGAGAGACGGUAAGGGGCGUUUCUUCAUCGACCGAGACGGUUUUCUUUUCCGUUACAUCCUGGAUUACAUGCGGGACCAGCAGCUGGUGCUUCCCGAUCACUUCCCCGAGAGGAGCAGGUUGCAGAGGGAGGCCGAGUACUUCGCACUUCCUGAACUGGUCAAAACGCUGAGCCCCAAACUCAGCAAACAGAACUCCAUCAACGACGACACCUGCCCCAGCGACCCUGAGGACGGCUCGCCCACUACGGAUGCGAUCCGCAGCAUGGUCUCGGUCUCGGCGAUGGCCAGCGGGACCGGCAGCGACAGGAGAGCCGGUUUCAUCACCAUCGGUUACCGGGGCUCCUACACGCUGGGCAGGGACAGCCAGACUGACGCCAAGUUCAGAAGAGUAGCCAGGAUCAUGGUCUGCGGGAAGACGGCUCUGGCCAAAGAGGUAUUCGGGGAGACUCUGAACGAGAGCAGAGAUCCGGACCGGCCUCCUGAGCGCUACACGUCCCGUUACUACCUGAAGUUUACUUUCCUGGAGCAGGCGUUUGACAGGUUGGCAGAGGCUGGCUUCCACAUGGUGUCCUGUAACUCCACCGGAACCUGCGCCUUCGCUCACGAUCAGACCGAUGACAAGAUAUGGACCAGCUACACUGAAUAUAUUUUCUACCGAGAACACGAGCACAUGAUGAAGAAAACUGGAGAUGGACCUCUACAUGUUUCCCAAUACUUAACUGCAGAUAAAGCAUUUAAGUAUUUGUGUUGUUUCCUUCAAAUAGCAAACAAUUGUGAUAGAAAAGGACAAAAGGCAAGAUAAAUUGGGCGUCCCAACAAAAUCACAUAAUCUUCCAUGCCUACAUUGAAAAUCAGUGUAAGGCUGCAACUGGGCUCCACCAGCUGCAUUAAAACACAAAACAGAUGACACUCUGCAUGCAAGAAAUUACCAUCUUCAAUAGUGAAGGGAAGUACACAACAAAAAGAGGCAAAUGAGGUAGGGAGGUUAGGAGGUUUCUGAAAGAGUUCCAGAACUUAGGACAUUGACAGCUGAAGACACUGCCAAUAAUUAUGGAGUUGUUAAAGUUGGGGGUCCUCAAGAAGGCAGAAUUAGAGCAAUGCUGGUAUAUCAAAGGUUUGUUGAAUUGGAGGAAAUUACACGGAGAGGCAGGAGUGAGGCCACGAAGGUAUUGAAAUCAUUACAAGAUUGAUCUAUUCAAUCAUUGACUCAGACACCUUGCAAUUUACAGGGCCCACACAGACAAAUAUUUGGGAUUUUACCUGGUGAUGUCCACUUCACAAGUGACCAAAUGCAAAUAGUAGUGACAGGUUCAACAGUGGAGAGCCUCACUGGCAUAUACAGCUCUCUCCAACUUCUCCAGAGCUGGACAGCGAUGCUGUGCUCUAUAGUCUGUGAAUUGAAAUAAAACAUCAUUGAGUAGCAGAGAAUUUUUAAUGCACUGACUGGCUUUUGAAGCAUACUGACCAUGUCUGCAGAGAAAAUGAAAGAGUCUUCAUCUAACAUUUAUGUUUUGGUGAUGGAGGGUGCUGUGAUGAUGUCUUUUUGCAUAAGUUCAGUGGCCAGCAACAUGGACACUUAAAUGCAACAAUGAAAUAGAUGAAUGCACAUCUUGUCCACUGCUAAAUAGACUCUGCAAUGUCUAUGAUGUUGAAGACAGUCUGAGAUAUCUUACAAUGUCACAUUAAUCUGCACCAAAAUGCAUUUCAGCACAGAAAUAGGAAUGAAACAUAACUGACCAUUGAGAAAAAUACCGACAAAUGGGACAAGGAAGUGGAGACUUCAUGCAGUGCUUCCACCUUUUGUCUAUUUCCCCACCUCAACAAUCAGUAGCUAUCAUGCUGUCUUAGAUGAUUGUGUUUGCCGCUGCACAGUUGCAGUUUUAGCAGUCCUUGAUGUGGUCUGUAUUGUCUCCAAAAUCCUGGAAGUUGCCUGACAGAGGCAUCUCAGCAGCUACAGCAGGAAUCCAAGCAACCCGCCUCUCCAUCUAUUCAAGGAAUAAUUUUUAAUUGCUGCUGGGUGUGGAAUGGUGGUGCUUAAAAGCAUCAAGAAAAUGGGUUUCUUGGAGAUUUGGGUGUUUAUAUAGAUAGAAUAGAAAUGGAGAUAUUUAUGUAGAAAAUGGGAGCAGGAGUAGACCAUUCAAUUGAGCCCUGUUCUUCCAUUCAAUAUGAUCAUGGUUCAUCGUCUAACUCAGCACCCUGCAUUCACUUUCUUUCCAUACCCUUUUAUCCCUUCAGCCCUAAGAACCAAAUCAAAGUCCUUUUUGAAAACACCCAAUGUUUUGGCCUUGAUCACUUUCUAUGGCAAAGAAUUCCACAGACUCCAAGAUUGCUGCAUGAAGAAA